CAUACAUUUUUUAUCAAGUUCCUUCUAUAUCGUCUUUCGUUAAUGUCUGAGUUCAAUGAAAUGGUCCGUGCCUUGAAGGCUACUCUCGACCAGUUGGAACAAAAGGAAAUUAAAUCUCAAUCUGAUUUUCAAUCUCGAGUUACUUCCAACAACGCUGCCUCCACCCCGGUUAAAUCCAUGGAUUUUGCUGCCGUUUCCCAGAAGUACAUCGACUUCACGUAUGAGAACCCCACCAUCUACCAUGUGGUGUCUCACUUUUCCGGAAAGUUGGAAGACAAUGGGUUCACUUACCUUUCUGAAAAGAAGACAUGGUCCGACUUGAAACCAGGUCGUUACUACACGGCCAGAAACGGUUCUUCUUUGAUAGCCUUUGUCGUGGGUCCUGACUGGACGGCCAAGAGAGGUGUUGGAGCCAUUGGCUCGCAUAUCGAUGCGUUGACCGUUGCUCUCAAACCCAACUCCACUAAACUGAAAGUUGACGGCUACGAAUUAUUGGGUGUUGCUAAUUACGCCGGUACGUUGAGCGACAGCUGGUGGGACCGUGAUUUGGGUGUUGGAGGUCGGUUGUUGAUCAGAAAAGAUGGAAAGCUUGUCACUCAAUUAGUUGACUCCUCUCCUAAUCCAAUUGCCCAUAUCCCUACAUUGGCCCCCCAUUUUGGAACUCCAGCAGUUGGUCCUUUUAACAAGGAAACUCAAGCGGUUCCGGUCAUUGGAUACCUGUCCGAGGAUGAUGAACCACCGACUGAAGAAGAAAAAUCGGCUCCAUUAUAUGGAAAACACUCUUUGAAUGUGUUGAGAUAUGUGGCCAAGCUUGGAGGUGUAAAGGUCAGCGAUAUUUACCAAACCGAUUUGCAAUUAUAUGACGUUCAAAAAGGGUCCUUUGGAGGUUUGAAUAAGGAAUUCAUAUACUCACCUCGUAUUGAUGAUAGAAUUUGUUCUUAUGCUGCUAUUGAAGCAUUGGUGGAUGCUGCAAAUGGAGGAGAACUUCCAGAUGAUGGAUUCUCUCUUGUAGGAUUGUUUGACCAUGAAGAAAUCGGGUCUGCUACCAGAACCGGUAUCAAGGGUGGUUUAGUUGAGUCCACUGUUGCUCGUGUGUUGGCUUCAGAAUACUAUGCAUCUGCUACCCCAGUUGAAGAAGAUAUUAGGUUGGCUUAUGCUAACACCAUCAUUCUUUCUGCCGACGUCAGCCAUUUGUUGAAUCCUAACUUCUCUAGCGUCUACUUGGAGCAUCACAAACCACUUCCAAAUACUGGUUUGGCAUUAGCUUUGGAUCCUAAUGGUCAUAUGGCUACCGACUCUACUGGAGUAGCAUUGGCUGAAGAAUUGGCUCGUAUCAAUGGAGACAAAUUACAGUACUUCCAAAUCAGAAAUGACUCUAGAUCUGGUGGUACCAUUGGUCCUUCUAUCUCCUUACAAACUGGAGCUCGUACCAUUGAUUUGGGUAUUCCUCAAUUAUCGAUGCACUCUAUUAGAGCUGCUACUGGUGCUCGUGAUUUAGGAUUAGGUAUCAAGUUCUUCACCGGGUUCUUCAUCAACUGGAGGACUGUCUACGAUACUUACCUGGAUUUGUAGACUGCUGGAAAACAGCCUUACUUAGAGUAUAUUAAAAUGAACACUGAUUAGCAUUACGUUUCUCGCCUGUCUGUUUUGCAGCUAUUGCUGGAGCCCUCACCAAACUAUUUCCAUAUACUAUUUCCGGAUUUACUUUGACAACAAUUCAUGUCUAUCUGCGUUGAACACGUUUUAUAACCUGAAUGUCGCUUCUAGGACCUAUUAACCAUAUCUGUGACAGCUUUAGUUUGCCCAAUGUGCUACUUCUGCAACUGGUCAGUUAUUGCACGACCUCGCAUUUUUUUAUCAUACAGCGUCAAUACUCUGCCAACUG